GUUCGCAACUGCGGAUAAAAUGGCUGAUCAGUAAUUAUUGCACGCUUCUGCAAUCAAAGUUUGUGCACGUGUGUACAGUCCCAGGCGAUUCAAUCUCUCCUCAUAGUCUAACCCCCUCAUCGCUGGAAUCAACCUGGUGAAUUUCCUCUGCACCGCCUCCAAAGCCAGUAUAUCCUUCAAGUGAGGGAAUCAGAACUGCACGCGGUUCUCCAGAGGUAAGAAUAUUGGACAAUGGCUGCAGGAGGAAAAAUCCUUUCUUUCCGUUUGCCUCCUCUUCCUACUAUUGGAGAAAUUAUCAAAUUGUAUAAUUUGAGAGCAGAAAAGCAGCUUUCUCAGAAUUUCCUGUUGGAUUUAAGAUUGACAGAUAAAAUAGUUCGGCAAGCUGGCAAUUUAAGGAACUCGUACGUCUGUGAAGUGGGCCCAGGACCAGGAGGCAUCACUCGAUCAAUUCUCAAUUCUGGUGUUGCAGAGCUGCUUGUGGUGGAGAAAGAUACCAGAUUUCUUCCUGGCUUAGAGUUGCUGGCUGAAGCAGCACCUGGGAAAAUACGCAUUGUGCAUGGAGACAUUCUGACCUAUAAAAUGGAAAGGGCUUUUCCAAAAGAAUUACAAAAUGAAUGGGAAAAUGGAUUACCAAAUGUGCACAUCAUUGGUAACCUUCCUUUCAGUGUUUCAACACCUCUCGUUAUUAAGUGGUUGGAGAAUAUUGCAAAUCGCAAUGGACCCUUUGUCUUUGGGAGAACACAGAUGACCUUAACUUUUCAAAAGGAGGUUGCAGAGCGUCUCACAGCAAGUACCAGCAGUAGACAAAGAAGCAGAUUGUCCAUAAUGGCUCAGUAUUUAUGUAAUGUGAAAAGCUGUUUUACAAUUCCAGGAAGAGCAUUUGUUCCAAAGCCCAAGGUUGAUGUAGGAGUUGUACAUCUGACUCCGCUUGAGACACCACAGAUUAAGCAGCCGUUCAAACUCGUGGAAAAGGUCGUGAGAUGUGCCUUCAGCUUUCGGAGAAAGCACUGCCACCGAGGAAUUGAAACUUUAUUUCCUGAAGCUCAACGAGCACAGCUAACAGAACGGAUGUUUUAUACUGCUGAUGUCGACCCCACACUCUGCCCAACUCAGCUUUCUAUACCUCAGUUUAGAAACCUUUGCAAUGUAUAUAGCCAGCUUUGCAACGAGAAUGUGGAUCUUUUUUCUUAUAACUACAGAGAAGAAUUAAAACAAAAGUGGCUUCUUCGUAAAAACAAAUCUCAAGGGAGUGAAGAUUGCUAACGUUGGACAUCAGGCCUUUGUAAUGUCAAUCUGAAAGUGCAGGUACUGAAAAUUAACAAUAGCUUUGGUCCUUGGUUUUUAUGACAUGAAAGUUCUGGGAAAGAAUCUGGUAAAAGUGAUUGGCAGUUAAUGCACUUGUGUGUGUUUUUUUAAUUUAAAUAAUGCACCUUUUUAAUCUUAUGUGCAUUCCAUGAGUUUUUCCCUCAUGGUAAAGCACUAAAAUGAUAAGCUGGUUUGCAAGCUGAGGUUUUAAAAAAGACCCUUGAUCCAAAUGACUGAGCAUGGCAGGUAAUCAAGUUAUCUUUUUAAUUGGAUCUAAACAUGUGGGUAUAAUGUGUUUUGACAAUAAUAUUUUGUUUUAAAGACAUCUAAAGGAAAUGAAUUAGAGAGCUUCUUGAAUACAAUAUGUAUAUAUUUAUUUAACAUUGAAGUACUUCCUGCAUGUUUAAUGUCAAGUAGUCAUUCACCAGAAUAUAAAAUAUAACCCAUUAAAACCAAUAUUACAAUGCAGUGUGUAAAAUUACAAUAUACACAACCUCCAGUUUUUAUAGACAAAAAAAAAAUCAAGAUGCCUAAAUAGAAGAAUGCUAGCAUUAAGAGGCAUAUACUUUACUGAAGCCUGGAGUGCUGAACAUAAUGUUAAAUAAGUGGAGCCCUGUGUUAGGCUACCAAAGGAUAACUUUGCCAAAAUAGAUUAAACAAAAGACACACACACCAUAUUUAGAAACUUAAAACAAGACACAAUGUAACAAAUUCCUUUGAUAAUUCUGGUGCUAAUGUAAACCAUUAUUUUCCAACUAUAAAUAAAAUUAAGAUUUACAGCCUAUUAUUAAAAUAAGCAAUUUUAUUGAAAAUAUUACUUUUGGUGUUCAAUACCUGCGUUAUUUGCAAAUCUACAUAUAAAACUAGUGUCUUAUAGAAACCAAACAACUUUAUUAUCCAUAAUGGAUAAUAAAUAAUUGACUUCUGUACUUAAUAUUUUCUUGAACGAAAAUGUUUUAAACAUCUACAUUUGAGGCUGACUGUGGUCUUAGUGCAGAUGGCAUUAAGACAAACUAAACAUUGCUUUCCUUUAUUAUGUUUCUAAAGUCUUUAAUCUUAAAAUCAACUGGACAAAACAGCACAACUUAAGUCUGAAGAAAAGACAAAAUAAACUAACUCCAAAGCC